AUGUUGUCAAAGUUUGCUUACAUUGGUAAUGGUCUGGCAUUGUACAAAGUGUGUAAUACAUUCCAAAAGGAUGUCGAUGCUAUUGUGGAGGCGGAAAUUUCGAACUGUCAGCAUAAGGCGGGACUGGGAGUGGUGGUUGUAUCCAGGAACAACAAUGGACGAGGGAUUGCCCAAAAUUUAUCAUACACAAAAGCCUUUGGUUUCAAGAAUAUAGAAGAGAAGACUCUGGCUGAUGAAGAUACAAUGUUCUGUAUUGGAUCGCUAACCAAACAUUUUACUACAACGCUGAUCCUGCAUUUGCUUGAACUUAUGCAAAAGAAAGGUUACCGCCAGUAUUCGCUACAGUCUCCCAUCACGGAAAUUGACCCGGCGCUAAAUUUCUCUGGCUCACAAUUUGUCAAUACAACGUUAGAGGAUAUCAUGUCACACCGUACUGGGAUAGCAGAAGUCUUCGGACAGUUUUGGGUUGGAUAUCAUAAGAAUGUCAGCAGGCAGAAUUUGACGGUUAUUGCUGCAAAACUUCCUCGCCUGGCAGAUAACAGAGCGAAAUACAUCUAUAACAAUCAUGUUUUCACUGUAGCAGGACACGUUGCGGAGAUACUAGGAGAAGUUUUGUUGAACAGACCGGUUUCGUGGGAGGAAUUGGUACAAAAGUUUUUGUUUGAUCCGUUGCGCAUUAAUUCCUUGGUGAAAUUUGCCGGGAAUAAUUUUUCAUCUGGGGAAAAAUUGGCGACUCCCUAUCUCACGAAAAAUGGAGAGUACCACAGAUUGGAUGACAACGUGCUUACACUAAUCGAGCCAGCCGGACCAGCGGGCUCUUUGUGCAUGUCUCCAAAAGCAAUGAAAAUUUGGAUGGAUUUCCUUAUCGAAAGAGGUUACUCUAGUGCCUACUUGCCUCCGAAGCCCUUCGCAAAUUAUUCACUGUAUAAACGAAUGCCGAUUGUAUCGCCGUCCUCCAUCACAGAAACCUGGGAACCCAGAGUAUGCUUCCCUAGUCACAAAGGUUUAAAGGCGUUUCGUGUCAGCGGGAGUCGAUCAUUCACCAUGAACGAGUACAUCAGAGAACGCAGAGAACAUGCCGGCUACGGGUUAGGAUGGAUUGCAUCUAAACACAGAGGUUAUCGCUCAUUGGAUCACAGUGGAGGAUUUUACAAUUAUCUAUCGUUGCUCUCGGUUUUUCCCGAUCAGAACAUCAGUAUAUUUACGAGCUCGGCUGGUCCUUAUACAACCACUACCCGCAAUCUCCUUUGGCGGGUGCAUUAUAAUAUCUUCGAUCAUUUAAUGGGACUUCCUCCAAGUAUUCCUGAAAAGUGCAUCAACCACAGCUUAUCACCUGUAGGUGUUUCACAUACCAAUAAGACUCCUGUGGUGAAAGUCGAUGUUAAAAAUUAUGCUGGAACCUACUAUCAUCCCGUGCACGGGCUUUUAGCGGUCGAGACGUCGGCUGAACCGGCAUCGGGCUUGAAUCUGAUCUGGGGGCGCUAUGGAAACGCCAGUAUUGAGUGCCGUACAUCGAAGACUGUGUGUGAACUGCGCUUCCAUGGAAUUCUGUGGUGGGUGUCCGAUUCGGAUGCAUUCCGAGGCGAUAAGGGACCCAACCGGACGAUCGUGUUCAUCACAUGUAACGGCUACGUCACGCAUAUCAUCAUGCCCUUUUACUGUGACGAAGUACCGCCUGUCUUUAAACUAGUCUCGUCACACUACAUGCGGAAGCUACCGAUAGACAAGAACUGUACAGAUGUGAGCGGUGGAAUUUCCAAGUUUCUGUCCUGCCACCUUAGCGCAGCAUCAACUGGAUUUUGCUUAUUUUACUACUGUUACAUGAUUUUUAAAUUAUUUGAUUUUUUCUGAUGUGCACAUAGGUUUCUUAUGCUGCUUUAUAUGUUUUGGAACAAAAAUAAUUUUAGGCACAGUAGCCACAUAAGUGCAGUUAUGGAAUACUAAGGAGCUAGCUGUCACCUUUAA